AUGAUUCUCGGAGGUGUUUCAGAGGCAAGACCUGCCACACCAGAAAUCCAGGAGAUUGCUAACAAGGUCAGACCUCAGCUUGAAGCGAGAACCAGUGAGAAAUAUGAAAAAUUCGAAGCCGUUGAGUAUAAAUCUCAAUUCGUCGCUGGACGAAAUUAUUUCAUUAAGAUGGAUGUAGGGUGUGGUUGUUUCCUUCACAUAAAAGUCUACCGUGCACAUUCUGGAAAAGAUAAUUUUGAACUUCAUGGUUACCAAACGAACAAAACCAAGACUGAUGAGUUGACCUACUUCUAA